AUGAUUCAAGGCAUCUUCUACGCUCGAUUCUUCCCCCAAGAAGGCCCCAAGAUCGUUGCCCAGGCUCCCCCAGGCUGCAUCACGGCCUCGGACAACGAGCCUCCUCUCGUCGACUUCGACGUCUUACAAGAGUACAUCAUCCCUCGCCAGGCCUUUUGCAACCGAUAUGUAACCAUCAACUCUCCUGAUGGCAAGUACACUAUUCUCGGCUUUCCCGUCGUCAUCCCGCACACCAAGUAUAUGCGCAAUGAGUUCAUCUUCAACUUCGGCCUGCUGGUCGAGACCGAUUGCGAUCAGACGCCGUAUGAGCGCGUCGUGAGGUGUCUGGCCGAGACGUUUGCCGAAAUGGAGAAGCAGAACGAGUAUCUGAGUCUCAGUGAGGCCAAAGGCCCCGAUGGCGACGGCGUGCGGAGGCCCAUUGAGAGUCUGCUUGAGAUUGUCAAAGAGGACCUAAACAAUUACGGCGAGUGCAUGAUUCCGGUUGACGAAGCAAACACCAUCAACAUGAAGCUCUUCCCCCACCACGCAAACCCCCCCGCCGUAAAAGGCUGGCACGUCCCCGUCGCCAGGACAAAGUUCCCCGAAAUCGUCGACCCAACAUGGGACAUUACGCUCCAGAAAGUCGUCGCCAAAAUCGACGGCGUCUCCGACGUCCGCCGCAUCGCCCACGAGGCCUCCGUCUCCCUGGACCUCGCCAAGAUCGCCAUCCGUCACCUGCUCUACUACGACACCAUCCUCCUCCUCGACAUCUUCUUCUUCAGCUCGUGCUACGCGCCUCGCCCCGGCAUACACGACUUCAUACGUAACGUCGACGGCAUCGUCGAUGAGUGCGCCGGUUACGUGUCUCAUGGCAGGGCCAGGGUCAGCAACUACCUCCUCAUCCGCUUCAUGGCCUCCUUUUCUCCGGGGAAGAGCAUCAAGGAGUGGAUCAUGAUCCACCGCGAGGCUGGGUUUGAAAUCAUGUCUUAUAUCGACAUACGCCGCUUUGUACAGUUCGGCAUCAUCAAAGGUUGCCUCUAUCGCGUGCACAAGUACGUUGUUUCAAAGCAAUACUUGGCCUCGCUCGCCACCGGGCAGAGCAGGCCAUUCGCUGGCGGCGAUCCUCUGCAGAAAUACACAGAUGGAUGCCAUCAUAUGGAUCAAAUUAUGACGGAGCAGAAUUUAACUAAUGAUCAAGUUAUGGACAAGCUCAAGAUGUUACCUGUUCCUAGGGGUGACAUCACGGUGUUCUACAGGUAA